CAGGAUCCUCCUGCUAUGCAUCUCAGCAAUGGCCCAGGACAAGAGCCUGUCACUGUUUUGAUCUUUAACCUCUCCAGGAUCGCAAAAACCUCCUCCUCCUUUGAGGUUCAAACGUGGGAUCAAGAGGUAGUCAUUUUUUAUGGGGAUACCAACCCUAAGGAUGACUGGUUCAUGCUGGGCCUUCGGGAUGGCAGGCCUGAGAUCCAAAUGCACAAUCACUGGGCCCAGCUUACAGUGGGUGCUGGACCUUGGCUGGAUGAUGGGAGAUGGCACCAGGUGAAAAUAAGGAACCAUGGGGACUCAGUGCUCCUGGAGGUGGAUGGGGAGGAGGUGCUGCACCUGAGACAGGUCUCUGGGUCCCUGAACAUCAAACCCCAGACCAUCAUGAGGAUUGCGGUGGGAGGAUUGCUCUUCCCCCCCUCCAGCCUUCGGUUGCCACUGGUCUCUGCCCUGGAUGGCUGCCUGCGGUGGGGUAGCUGGUUGGACCCACAGGCCCAGAUCUCAGCCUCUACCCUUACUAGCCUCAGAAGCUGUGAUCUAGAGUUGCAACCUGGGUUAUUCUUCCCUUCAGGGACUCACGCAGAAUUCAGUCUCCAAGACAUUCCCCAGCCUUAUACAGAGCCCUGGGCCUUCUCUCUGGACCUGGGACUAAAGCUGGCAGCAGGCUCAGGCCACCUCUUUGCCCUGGGGACACCAGAGAACCCUUCUUGGCUCAGCCUCCACCUCCAAGAUCAAGAGAGGACCCUUCUGCUUCCUUUUGCUUGGAUGGGCUUUGGGUGCAAGGCCAGAAGCUGGACAUGGACCAGGCCCUGAGCAGGAGCCAGGACAUAUGGACUCACAGCUGUCCCCAGAGCCCAGGCAAAGGCUCUGAUACCUCCCAAUAAAUCCCCACAGGAGAACCCCCGUUGGAUGU